CCUGCGUGCGCUCCCUCCGCUUGGUACGGCCCACCCCGCCGGGGAUCAUGGCGAUUGAUGGUGGAGAACGAACUUGUGGUGUACAUGAGCUGAUCUGCAUUAGAAAAGUAUCUCCUGAAGCAAUUGGAUUCCUGUCUGCAGUUGGGGUGUUCAUUAUUCUCAUGUUGCUACUUUUCCUAUAUAUUAAUAAGAAGAUGUGUUUUGAAAAUGUUAGUGGUUUCCCAGAUCUCGAUUCAGGAUACACUACAAGAAAGAAUUCACAAGAUAAACUUUGUUAGAAUAAAAAAAAAAAAUCCACCUCACACAGUUUUCUGGUUUUUGAAAAUAAUGAAUUUUUUUAUGGCUAGUUGGUGCUGCAGUUGAUGAAAGACUGUGGUUUUGCUGGUUGAUUGUGACCUCAUUUCAAGGUAUUAACUUAGCUGUUUUCUUAUUAUUUUGAAUGCACAUUGAAUGGAAAGAGGAAAGCUGCGACUUCCCCUGGUAAAUAUAUUGAUUUUUGAGAUAGCAAAAGCAAAUAGUUCUGAACUUGAACUUGGAGAAACAGAGAUGAUCUGUUUGUAAAACAGAGGACCUUUCAUUAUUAAAAAUUGUUGCUGAAUAGGCUGGACAAAUGGCGUUUUUCAAAAACCUUCACCAAAAUCUGAGCCUUCCCUCUGUGUCUUCCCUGGUGGACACGCUUAGCAGUGCUGUGGAUGAUCUGGCCAGUGUUGUUGGAGAGGUCAGCUACACUGUAGCUGACUCAGUAACAGAGCAAGUAACCAGCAUGAUAAAUGGCCUUCGUGCAGAAGACGAGAGCUCCAAAAUGCAGAAUGAUAAACCUGUGGAAGGGAGAGAGGAACAUACACCACCAGUAACUCAUUCUCAGGAAACUAGCAUGAAAGCGAAGAGGGGUGUCACAGAACACAAAGAGACUCAUAGUUCUAAUUCAUUAGAUUUUGUAAAAAAAGGUACUUGUAAAGGUGGAGAAUCUGACCGUGUCUUGGACAUAAACCAGUGCCAGUUAAAAGGCACAGAUAAUAAUAAUCCUUCCAGUUAUACAGAAGUACCUCAGGUUUUGAAGUCUGUAGGAGGACCUUUUGAAAGGGAAGCAGUAGGGGGAAAUGAGUGUAUUGUAAAUGAUAAGUUCUUGAAGGAUAGUCACCUGAAAAGUAAUAAAUUUACCAUGGAGCAAUCUAUUGAGAAGCAAGAUAAUUGUCUAUAUGAAGUAUUGGAUAAUUCUAAGAAUCACUUGCAUAGAAAAAUCAAACCACGUUCACCUGGAGUUGAUUUUAAGGAUUCUUAUCAAGUGCAUAGUAUGAAUGUUCCCCAAGAUUUAGAAACAAAACUUGUUGAAGUACAAAAGCAAAAAUUAUCAGACUCCAGCUUGAAGAAGAUGCACAAUGACGACCUCAAUUGCCUAAAUGAAAUCAAAGAAAAGAAAUUGGAAGCCUUUUUUGACAGAAAAGGAAAAUUCAUCUCAAAUGAAGACAAUAUGUCAACUACAAGUGCUAAUGAUGGUAAAAAGAAAAACUCAAAGAAAUUAGAGAGAGAGCUAUGUAAUAAGAAGACAGCAGGAAAAGACAAUUCUUAUAUGAGUAAAGACCAGCAUGGUUCAUCAUCUGAGAGUGAAGAUGAAGCACUGGGUAAAUAUCAUGAGGCCUUGUCUAGAACCCAGAGUUCCAGGCUGCCAGUGGUGGAUGGCAGACAGCAAAAAAACUAUAUAUGGGAAACCAGACAAAAAUAUAGUCCCCUGUCUGCAGAAUAUGAUGGAUACAGUAGUGAAGCCUCAAUAGAUGAAGCGAACUGCAUACAGAGGAUGAGAAGAACACCUCCGCUAGAUGAACUGCAGCCGCCUCCAUACCAGGAUGACAGCGGUUCUCCUCAUCUUUCCUGUACGCCUUCUGAAGUCGGAGACAGUAAAUGUGAAUAUUCCCAGUGUAGCAACAGUCCGAGAUGUUCAUAUAAGUGCCCAAGUGAGGGAAGCACGGGACACGAAAUAGAAAGCUUUCAUAACAAAGGAUACGAAGAGGAUGUGCCAAGUGAUAGCACAGCCGUUCUUAGUCCAGAGGAUAUGUCAGCUCGAGGAUCAUCUUCACAGCUUCCUAAACCUUUUGAUCCUGAGCCAGUAGCUAAAUAUGGCACACUGGAUGUGACUUUUGACUAUGACUCACAGGAACAGAAGCUUUUGGUGACAGUGACAGCUGUCACAGACAUUCCCACAUACAGCAGGACAGGUGGAAGCUCGUGGCAAGUACACCUAGUUCUUCUCCCUAUAAAGAAGCAGAGAGCAAAAACCAGCAUCCAGCGGGGACCGUGCCCUGUCUUCACAGAGACAUUCAAAUUUAAUCACGUUGAGUCUGAGAUGAUUGGGAAUUAUGCAGUUCGCUUUAGACUGUACAGCGUACGUCGCAUGAAAAAAGAGAGGAUUGUGGGAGAAAAGAUUUUUUACUUAACAAAAUUGAAUCUUCAAGGGAAGAUGUCAGUGCCAGUGAUACUGGAACCUUCUUACAGUCUGUCUGGCUGUGACUCUCAAAUGAGCAUGUCAGAAGUGUCCUGCAGUGAAAGUACCUCCUCUUGUCAGUCUCUGGUACAUGGCUCAGCUCCAGAAAUCCUCAUUGGCCUCCUUUAUAAUGCUACAACUGGAAGAUUAUCAGCAGAAGUGAUAAAAGGCAGCCACUUCAAAAACUUGGCAGCGAACAGACCACCCAAUGGACUGUUCUGUUGUCUAAAACACUUGAUAGGUGGACAGGUUUAUAUAAUCCGAGAUACGUAUGUUAAGUUAACACUGCUGAACUCGAUGGGGCAAGAGAUGUCCAAAUGCAAAACUUCCAUCCGCCGAGGGCAGCCCAACCCAGUGUACAAAGAAACCUUCGUUUUCCAGGUGGCUCUGUUUCAGCUGUCGGACGUGACACUCAUACUGUCUGUAUAUAAUAAGCGCAGCAUGAAGCGAAAAGAGAUGAUAGGGUGGAUUUCCUUGGGUCUCAACAGCUCAGGAGAAGACGAACUCAAUCACUGGACUGAAAUGAAAGAAUCUAAAGGACAGCAAGUGUGUAGGUGGCAUACUUUACUAGAAUCGUAAGGGAUGGUAGGAGGUGCGGUCAUGGUUUAAAGGGACUUGGUUCUCCCAAGAAGAUGAUCAUCUCUGGUCACAAUCAACAGAUCUGUUAUGGGAGUAAAAAAAAAGAAUUGAGGUCAACAUUCCAUCAUAAAGAGUGCACAACAUGCAAAAUGGCAGGAUUUAAUAUACAAUCUUUACUUAGUGUCAUAAACUUCCUUGGUGUCAGAGAAGCCUUGCUGUACACAGAUACGUUAGCAGUCCCUUCCCUAUCCACCUGAUGCUGUAUUUGUUUGGGUUUGUUUUGUGGUUUUCAAUUCAGAAACAUUUUGUGUAAGGUUCUUUGAAUUAAUGUAAGCUCCUCCUUGUGUACUUUUGUAUUGCUUUAAUACUGUAGCUUCUGACCUGCCUGCGUUCAGAUUAAAGGUCAAUAGUUUGCACUUUGAGAAAAAGUUAAUGGUCUGUCUAGCAAAAGCAAAAAAAAAAACAAAACCCACCGGUGAAAGAACACUUAGUAAUAUAGCAAAUAGAAAUAUACUGUUGUUUUACACUGAGUUUCUUUCCAGGAGCUUAGUACAAGUAAGUUUUCAUUUUUUGAUAUGCAGUUGGUUUGAAAAAUACUAGCAUUUGGGCAUCAGGUGAACUUUGACAUCAAACUAAUGUUUCUUCAAUCUGUGACAGGAACGAGCUCUAUAUAUGGCAUAAAUUGGGUUUUUCCCUCUUGCCUGUACUUCUGCCUAAUCCAAAGAGACCAGAUCAUUAGUUUGGUCCCUUCCGAAACUCCUUAGACAGGUUGUACUGUAAAACUAUGUAACUUUCUGUUGAAAGCACUUCCUGUAUUCAUGUAUUCCAAUGUAGGAAGCUCAUAGAGCACGACUUUACUGAAAUAUAUUUUCAUUAAACAAAUUGAUACAGCUUUCUUUAAAAUGUCAGCAGUUUGAAGUUAGGCUGAAAGACUGUGAAGGAAAGGGCAGCAGUUGAACUGCUCUGAAUGAAUGUGAAAUACUAUGGCUUUGCUUGAAGCAGGUUUGAGUCUCUUCUGAGCUCUUUUAGGAACUACCGUAUGCUGUUUGCUGGAACUAGAGAGCAGACAAGGAGUUUUUACCCUUCUUCUUGAAGAAGAGAACAUCAGUAAGUUGUAUUUCUAGUGAUUUUCCAGCAAUUGAAUGAAUGUUCUCACACAAAAUAGAAGUUUGCUUUGCUUGUGUUCAGGCUCAGAAACAUGGCUUUCUAAUGAUGCAAAUGAGAAGUUGCAGUAUUACAAGAAGGUUUGCCAUCAGAUAAACACUUGUGGCAUCCACCAAAAUUGGGGAAAUAUCAGUGCUUCUGAGAUUCCUAUUUGUCCCAAAUGCUUCAGCUGGACUCGCGCUAAUUUAUUGACUGCUAAAUCUAAUUCGUAUUUACUGAAAUUGUGGGUUAUUGAGUAAACAUAUUUAUUUUUAAAAAGCUCCCCAAUUCAAAUAUUCUUUUUGCUGUUAAUGAAUAAGCUCCAUUUAUUUAUAAGUGUUCCUGUAUGGAAAGCAAGCAUUUUUUUUUUUAUUUUUAUAAAUGAUGGUGAUGUCUUACUAAUAUGGGACCUCACUGACUGUUGUAGCACUUGGUGGGUAGAGGAGUGAAGUCUCAGAUUUUGCUAAGAGAAUUAGCGUUAGUCUGGGGUGUUCUCAUUAGGACAAGUGUUUUUCUCUUGAAUUUCUUUAUACUGUCUUCGAACAAUCCUGACCUUGCGUUAUACAGGCUUUCAAGUACAAUGAGAUUGGUGACGGUGAGUAUGCUGUAAUGAAGAUAUUUCACUUGGUUCUCAAAUUCUCACACUACUUAACAAUUGCAUUAAGUCCUUUUGAAAGUAUAUUGUAAUUCCACGUGUUGGUUUAUUUGGUGCCUUUUGAUGGGUUUAUUUUCAGAGCCGGGCUUUCAGUUUUUAUAGAUUUAAAGUUUUAAGCACUAUUACAGACCUUUUUGGGGCUUUUUUCCUCCUGAUAUUGUGCUGCUGCUUCAUUUACAGAAGCUUUAUUUACUAAAUACAAAUAAUGCAAAAACUUUCUUUAAACAGGAACGGUCUUGCAGCAAUACUCUUUCAGUCCUUUUUGUUGAUCAGUUUGUGAAAUAUAAUGUUCAGCAUAGAAUUUAAGAAAAAAUCAAUAUUCAUAUGCAUAAGGAAAAUGCUCAGAUUUUCACAGUCCUUUCAGUUUUCAAUAUAAUAGAAACAAUGACUUCGAAGCUGUUCAAAAGCAGUUUUUCAGUAGAUGUGGAAGUGUUUUUAUCCAUUCUCUUUGUGGAUAUUUGGAUGCUCUUUCCUGAAGCUGAAAGUUGUCUCUUGGUGGUUGUCUCUUUGUACAGAUUUUGCUAUAUAAAAUAAUGUACAAUAUUUAACAGCAUGAACUGAGCCAGUUAACUCUAACAUCACCACUGAACAAAUGAAGAAGUCAGUUUGGAAGGUGCAGCAAAUAACCUCUUACAAAACCAAACUAAACAAAACUGUGUCAUGAUGUGUGUUUCUGUUUGUAGGUUGAUUUGCAUCAGCUUUCUGUCUAACCAUUUAGAUUUUAAGGCACUGAAAUCUUAAUUUAGACAUAGCGUAGAUUUAUACUAAUCCUUGUUGGGCACAUUAGGGAAGAGGAAUCUCUCUCUAGGUCACGUGACUUUUCCUAAAGUAUCCAGGACCGGUCUGUGUUUCACAGAAGCAGGAUUUAUUUACUUGGAUCUAUACUUCACAAAGCCAAGGAACUCAAUGUAUAAAGAAUGUGAAUGAAUGUUAAAUUUUGAGGCAGUAGAAUAUGGAUUUGCCAUGCAAAACCAGACACACCAAUAAUUGGAUUCAUCUUGGGGUUUUUGUGAGUUAAUUAUAGUACCAAUAGCUGUCAUGUUGUUUUUUCUUCUUAGAAUCCAUUCUUAUUAUUUGAUUUGUUUGUAAUUUUGUUUCUCUUACUGCUUAUGUGAACCUAUACUUUUGUAUUUGAAAUCUGCCUUUAGAUAUUGUGGAUUUUUCAAACCCUACAUAAGGGCUUUACACAUGCAGUGUGGUUUUGUGCAUUCAGUUAGGUCAUAAGCACGGAACAGAAUUUCUGAAGAACAAAGUAUCAGUAACCAAUUAGAGACACUUGUGUUUUCCUCAGAGGUUGGCUGUGGUUUUUUUCAUAGCUUUUUGUUGUUUGCCUUUGUUCAAAAGUACAGUAAGCACUUGGAAAAGAUUAUCAAGCUAAUUACUUUUAUGUGUGCCAGUUUACCACGUAGAGAUUGCAGAUCUUGAAUUGAAUCUGUUUCCUGUCAGUGUAGCCUUAAAUAAUUAUAGAGCAGUGACGUUCUUGCAGAUUCUAUUCUUGAAAAUAUUGCAUCCUUUCUGUGUAUGAACUAGUUGGUUUAAUGUUUAGAACGUUUCACGUAGGUCGUCUUAAAGUAUUAUAAAUGUAAAAAAACUUGGUUAGUUCCUUUCUGUGGUAAGGGCAAGGUUGUGGAGGGCAGGACAGCCAAACAUGAUAUCACUUGAGCUGAAAAAAAAUUUUAUGGAAUUUACUGUGGGACAUAUUUUUCUCUGUAAAUUUUUGCAAGGAUUCGUGGUGGCAGAUGUAGUGUCAGCAUCAGUACCUUCCAAUUUGUCACACCUUUGGAGCAACUUUUUUGUUGUCUAAAGUUUGUGGUUUUCAUUUAUUCUCUUUUCUCCCCAAUGACUCACUCCUGCAAACUCCCCAGCACCCUGAGAAGCUGCCUGUGGCAGUCACUGGGCCUUAGAAGUCAGGGACAUUCUGCACCACUUACUUUAAGGUACUGGUGCAAAAUUUCUGUGCCCUGUACAACUCCUAAAGAUUUCUGAAAUUAAAACCAUCGGUUUUAAUGUAGUGAAGAAGAAGAAGAAAACUUCUUUGAGGGAGACAUUUUAAUGUAGGAAUUCAAUACAGAUUACUCUUACACAUACCAAUUCUAAAAAAAUUCUGAGGUAAAAUCAGGGAAUGAGGGUUGAGGGGAGACCUUUUAGCCUAAGCUGUUUCAACUUGAAACUAACAGCAGAAUGCCCUUUUGUUGAACUCAUAGUUGUAUUGAGCCCUUUAGUUCCUUACCACACCUCUCUGGAGGAAAAAAAUCUGUCCUGUUUAAAGCAGUCUUUAAAAUUAUGGCUUGUCACUUGUAAGACAGACUGACUUCCUCCUGAAGCUGAAUUCUCAGUAACAACUAAACAUCCAUUUAAUUCUCUGACUGAUGUGCGUGCCUGCCUGCUGUUACUGUUAGUGAGAGGAGCCCAUGGGCAUCAACAGGAGCGCAGACCUCACCCUGAAAGUGUGAAGAACAAUAGGAUUUGCAGGUUAGAGAAGUAGUGCAGCAUGGAACCUGCAGCACAGCCAAAUGUGAUUUCAGUUAUGAAUGAAGGUAAAAAAACAAAGAGCAGUAUAUUGACACAAACUUGUUAUUUAAUAAUUCUCUCUUAUAUUUGUUUCUUCCUUUUCUCAGACUUUGAAAUAUUUUUAAAACUUAGUAUUAAAAAUGUUGAAGUAGUCCCCGAACAUCUUGAUAAUUUUAACUGGAACAUUCAGCAAAGUUUAUUGUUAGAAUGAACCUUUCAUAAUGUUCUGUGGUUUUGGUCUCUUUAACUCAACUGCUAGAUUUUGUAGUGCAUCACAGCUGGAUUUCAGACACUUUGUUCUGAUGAUUGUUUUUGAGGGGAAAGUUGCAGGAGCAUUUCCUUGUCACUGAAUCAACAAUGCCUGUUGAAGAGAUGUCAUCUGAGAGCGAGAGCAUUAAAAUAAGAGAUGUCUUCAUACAGUAGCGGUGGCAGUGACUCACAUUCCACUCUUGGAGCCUUGUGGCCCUCGGAGGGCCCUUCUUAGAGAAACUGUGACAUGGGAAUUGUGGGAGUUCGUACACUCAAAGCAGCGCUGGUCUGUGUGGGCAUCACGUGGCUUCUAAACUAGUGUAUUUUACAGAGGUAGAUGUUUUUUAUUUGCCCAGGGUGAGUAGGGCGAGUGCCAGUUGACCUGUAGUGACAUGGAUUAGUUUAGCCUUAAGAACUUAUCACUGCCCCUCCUUAAGUUCAAGCAGGGUUUUUUCCUUUCUGCAGACUAUGCAGAAAUUUUAUGCACCCAAUGUAUCUGCUUAUAUUAUGCCUACCUGUCAAUAUGGCACAAUUAUGUUAGUGCUGGCAAGCUUAGUUCUUAUGUUAGGUGGUGUGACUGAAUUAAUAAAUGGGCCUGGUGCAUGCUGGAUCAGGUUUUACUGCUCAGGCUUACGCUGGUACCAAUACCAAGUAAGAUCCUCCUGUGGAGGAAUGUGCCAGGAGUUAGGAAAGUGGGUAGUAUUGCUCCUGUAGGAAUGAAGACCAAGGAACAGCUCUGCCCAGAAAAUGGGCAAGGCUACCUUAUAGCAAGAAGGAAUCAUUCACUUCCUAGGAAGCAUGUACUGGUCAAGCUGGCAUAAAGACCCUACUCAGGAGAGCAGAAGCAGUAAUACCACUGAAGGAAUACCUCAUGGACAUUCAGGGAUGUAAUUAAUGUCAUCCUUUUGACUCUUAUAUCUGAGGACAAGAGUCUUGCCCAUUGUAUCAGUACAGUUUUUUUGCUGUGUUUUGCGAAUCCUGUGGACAUUCACUGCAUGCUGAGGGUCUAAUGUGGAUUGCUUUUUAACUUUUGGUUUAUUUACAAAGCAUGAGUUUGAAUGAAUUUACAGAAUUGUAGAAGCAUUAUCACAGCUUUGAGAUGUAAUCUCUAGGCCAUAGUGCAAGCACGGAGCAGGGCUUUGGAACAGUUUUGAUAGUCAGUUUUGCAAAUGGCUUAUUAUGACAUUUUAAGAAAAUUUCUAAGAGGUUGAAUGUAUUAGGGAAUAUUUACAAAAAAGGAGAUAGAGCAAUGAUGUUUUUUUACUAUACAGCUAGCUGCUGUCCUUUCCAGUAAACCACAAGGUUCAUUAGUGCUCAGUACUGUUUUGUUUAUGAUAACUGUUUUUAAUGUGAUUUUCAUGACAAAGUGUAAUUAGUGAAACCUUUUAUUCAAUUUUUCCCUUUCUUUGCUUUUUUUAAGGAGAGAUUUCUCCUUAGAUAGUAUAUAUACUUUCUUACAGAGCUUUCUUACCUAUUUUUAUAUAAGAUUUAACAAUGUAAAAUUAAAUGCUCUAUGAGCAAGCUAUAUCACUGUUAACACAAUCAAAAGUGCUAAUAUAGUGACUAAGGGCCUGAACCUUCUGCCUUUUACUCAGGUCCUGGUUUAACCAGAUGUAUUUCAUGUUGUGUAGUACCUUUCCCUUUAAGUGGUUCCAUCUAUUUCUUGGGAUGUCUCAGAGAAAGGCACUACUGACAUGAAUAACAGUGGUAAAACUGAGCCUCCUCUCCAUUCUUAGUGGGACAUCUGUCAUGAAUACAGGCUGCUGGCUCUGUCCCAAAGUAUAGUUAUAGAUUAUAGUUCCCUUGAUCUUCAGUGAUUUUGAACUUGUUUUUCUGGUGACUAUAAGCUAGUAACUGAUCUUAGUGAAUACAAAUAUUGAAUUGUGCUGUUAUCAGCAAGAUUAUUAAAAUGUAUUUCACAUCUUAAUUCAUUCUGUCAUUGGGAUAUAGGGAUUUUGAAGCAUUAUAUUGCAUAGAGAUAGCACACAUUCACCACAUUUCUAGAAAGUAUGGAAAAUACAGUAUGUAGCAUUUUCUUGCAUACUUUUAUACUGCCUGUAUGUCACCGAUGCACUCGGUGCCUUCCUUCUUUUGUAUAAAACUAAUACGUAGAGAAACUGAAGUUAUGGUGUGUAAGCAAUGUCACUGCAACUGAAGAGAUGUCUUAAACUGAUUAUUUCUAGUCCAGGAGGUUUCAAAGGGCAGUUCAGUUUAACACAGUGCUUUAAAUUUCUUUGAAUUUGAAGUUUUCCCCUUUCCUUCCUCACGCCCUGUCCGAGGAACUUCCUCAUAUGACUGUUUAUUCUUAAUUGAUUCCUGUGUCUGAUGUAAGUCACAUGGUGUUAACCAAAGAACCAAGUCUGUUUCUAAUUAUUUGGACAAAUAAUGUUUGCACUUGCUAUUACUUAAAAGACAGAAAUGAUAUGAUGGAUCUCUGUUAACAAAUAUAAAAUAGGCUUCUGUAAAUGUGACUCCCAGCUGAGAGUUCCAGAUACCUCUUUUCUGACUGGAUGUGCGUUGUUGUAUCAGUAGCAAAGUGUUUGGGUUGUAUUUCAUGGUGCAUUUUAAUCAAAAUCCUAUUACAAACAAAAAUGUAAGUCAGUCAGUGCUGUCAAACUAGCUUGGUUUACCCAUGUUAUACCUAUAUCUGAAGUGUGCUAUUUUGAGAAGAGAUUUGGCUUUCCUGUGUCUGAAGUCCUGAUAUUGUACAAUAAUUAUCUUGUGUAUGCUGGUCUUACAGGAACAGACUGAUGCUGCAUUGUAUGUACAUUUCCUACCAGUGUCCCUUCAUUGUAUAAUUUAUGUAAUAUAACACAGUUUUCAAUUACUAUUUCAACCUGAAAUUCCUUAAAUUUCAGUGCAUGUAUAGCCUUAAAUAUUUAAGACACCAAGCACAGUUUUAAUGGGAAUAGGUUAUAUUUGCAAGUCCUGUUUGACACAGAAGUCAGAGAAUUAUUUUUAUAUAUCAGUCAAAGAUUGUAGAAAAUGGGUAUAUUGCAGUCAUCUUAUCAACCAUGCUUCUACUUACAUACAUUAAAAAAAAAAAAAGGGCAUUUUUACUAAGGGUUUUAGAGGUAAAAUAUCAGUGCUAAUUUCCUUUUUUGAACUUGUUUAUUUUGUUUUCAUACUUUCAUUUCUGUACAGAACUGUGGUGCCCUUAACUAAUACCCAUGACUGAAUUCACACCUAUUUUCAGUAUUCCUUGAGCUGCUUUUCUUCUCCGUUCCUUUUUCAAACUGAGUAAGUGGUAAUUAAAAUUUCCCUAAAAAAAAAAAAUUUCCCUUUUUUUUUUUUUUUCAUUUUGACAGUAACAUAAUUAGAGCAAAUGACUGUUUGCAACUGUUUAUGCAGCUUAUUAAAGUCUUAGAAGUUUGUUUGAAGCUGUCAUUAUAAUCCAGAUGAAGACAUACGUUUCGUGGCAUUUCAGUCCACAGCAGGUGAAAACGGGAGCUCUGGCGAUGAACGUGCAGAUCGGCACGUUGGGUGUCAGACUGUACAUCCCCAGAGGGAUUUAUAAUUAAGUGUCACAUUGUAUCUACAGUAUCUCCAGUUGUGUGUUGUCAGAUUCUUGUUGUUUUGUUUUCUUUCUUACUAACUAGCAAAAAAACCACUUUUAUCAUCUUUGUGCUGCUGUAUAUUAAUCCUGAGGGUUUCCAGUGUGCAAGAUCGGUUUAAUGUUGUCAGUUCUCUUUCUGUAAAAAAAAACCCUGGACUUCCAGCAUACACAUCCCAUUCCUAUUCCAGGGAGAGCCAGAAUGCCACCAGCUGGUUUUAGUUGUAUUUACCUGCACAGCACAGGUAACUUUGAUCCCAUGUUAGUUUGAGUGAAACAUGCUAUAGUAUAUUUUCAAACCAUGGAUCUGUCACAGCAUUAAAACAGUCAUUUUGCAUAUCUGAAACUUUGCAGCUGUGGAUUUGUAUUUUGUUUACUUCUAUCUCUGUGAAAUGUAUUUUUGUCAGUUUGAGGACUUUGGAUAUUACAAAGUAUUUUCUGUAUGUGGAAUCAGCUUUUUGCAUGUGAAUUUAAUUGCUGAAAAGUAUUUGGAAAAAAAAAAAAAGGAAAAAUCACUUUUAAAACUGGUUGUUGUCACUUUCCUUUGGAAUUCAUUAGAUUGUAAACAAAACCAGACUUCACUGUUCAGAAGAUAGUAAUGCUUGGUCAACCAUUGGAGCUGCUGUCUGCAUUAAAAAAAAAAAAAAAAGUUUUAAUUUUGGCAAGUUAAUCCUAGCCCUUACACAUAUUUUGGCUCUGUUUACAAAUUUCCUAAGUUACCCCAAUUCCCUUUCUGUUCCUCACGGUCUUUGUUGAUGUCAUGAAUCUUCUACUUAGAGAAUUUUAAAUUAACCAGUGUGAUAAUGUUCUAAAAAAUAUGAUGUGUAUACUGGCAAAUAAAGACACACUCAGGUGAUCA